AUGGACGGACUCGACGAAUUUGAGAAAGCCCUUGCGGAGGAGAAGAAGGCUAGGGAGAGGGAAGAAAAGCACAGUAACCGAGACAAGGAAGGGAAACAUAGACAUCACCAUCGAUCCGGCCAUAAAUCUCGCGAUAGGCAAGACCACGACCGACGCAAGGACGAGCAUAGGCACAAGAGAUCGCGAAAGUCAAGGGAUGAAGAGGAUGAGGGCGAGAGGAGGAGCUCUAAGCAUCCAAAGACUACAGAUCCUCACGAGGCUCUGCCAACCCCAGAUGAUGAGGUUCCGAACAAAGCACCGAAAGCAACACGCGAUUCGUGGAUGGAAGAUCCCUCAGCUAUGGAUUUCGAUUACACACAGAAAGGAAUCAAAAAAGUAGUCAAGGCGCCGCCUCCGAAGGCUGAUUACGAUUUAAAAAUUCAUAAAAAUGAGCUUAAUACACAGCUUCAGGAUCUGGCAGAGGGAAAGAAGUUGGAGAACAUUGAGGUGGACGAAGUGGAGUACACGUUUGGCGACGCAGGGGCGCAAUGGCGCAUGUCGAAGCUUAAAAAUGUAUACACACAGGCAGAGACAAGUGGGAGAUCUGUUGACGAGAUCGCUGCGGAACGUUUUGGGAGUUUGAAAGAGUUUGAUGAUGCUAGGGAAGAGAAGACUGAGCUGGAUCGUCGACGGACUUACGGGGAGGGCUACAUCGGCAAGGAAAAGCCGAGUGGAGACUUAUUUCAGGAGCGGAAGAUGGAAAUGAGCAUUCGAAGGGGCACUGUGGAUGGACACGAUGAGCCAAAAGACUUGCCACAGGGGACGAUUAUGCCUGAAAAGCCACCACCUAGAUCUACUGUUGUCUUAGACCAGACUACCUUGAAUCGCAUGAAGGCCCAACUCAUGAAAGCGAAGCUCAAGAAAAAUCCGGAUGCGGAGCGGCUUCAGAAGGAGUACGAUGAAGCUAUGUCAAAUUUCUCCCAAGAUACUUCAGACGGCGUAGUAGUGUUAGGGAUGAUGGACAACCGAAUGUUAGCAGGUACUCGUGGCGAGGUCAAAUCAAUCGAUAACAAGCGAGGCCGAGAGAGAGGACUCGUUGAGGAGAACGAAGACAUGAGCAUUGAGGAUAUGGUCCGCGAAGAGCGUAGAACCAGAGGGCAGGCUGGUGGAGAUGGCAUGAGAGCGGCCGAGAGAAUCGCCAAAGACGCCAAAUUUGACACCGGUCUCGACUACAUGGACGACAACGCCAACAAGCUCGCCAGGCGAGUACAGAAGUCAGAAACGAACCUGAAGAACACGGCAGUCAGCGAGUUCCAGAAAAUGAACAAGAUCUUGGAUUCCUGCCAACUCUGUCACCAGGAAGACAAGAACCAGGCCCCAGUCGCUCCACUUAUAUCGUUAGGCACGCGGGUAUUUCUAACUCUACCGACCGAGCCGGAGCUCAGCGAAGGGGGUGCAGUCAUUGUGCCCAUCCAACAUCGGACGAACCUCUUGGAGUGCGACGACGAUGAGUGGGAGGAGAUCCGCAACUUCAUGAAGAGCCUGACUCGCAUGUACCACGACCAAGGCCGCGACGUCGUGUUCUACGAGAACGCCGCUGCGCCGCACCGAAGGAUGCACGCUGCCAUGCAGGUGGUGCCGUUGCCUUACAGCCUCGGCGAGACGGCACCCGCCUUCUUCAAAGAAGCGAUCUUGUCAUCUGAUGAGGAGUGGACACAGCACAAGAAGCUGAUCGACACCGCUGCGCGAGCACGAGAGGGUUUGGGCAAAUCAGCUUUUCGAAGGACACUGGCCAAGGAGAUGCCUUAUUUCCACGUGUGGUUCAACCUGGAUGGUGGGCUGGGCCAUGUCGUGGAGGAUUCGAACCGGUGGCCGAGGGGUGAUUUGUUUGCGAGGGAGAUUAUUGGUGGCAUGCUCGAUAUUGAACCGGAUGUUGUCAAGAGGCAGGGGAGGUGGUCGAGAGGGGACAGGAGACUUGAUGGGUUCCGGGCGCGCUGGAGGAAGUUUGACUGGACUCGAGUUCUCACAGAUGGAUAG